AUGGCGCAAGCCCUUCAGGACCAGCCAUGGUACUGGGGAGCCGUAUCCAAGGAAGAGGUUGCCGGCGUCUUGUACGGCGAACCGGAUGGCUCCUUCUUGGUGCGUGACGCGUCGACGCCUGGAGAUUACACAUUAACGAUCAGAUACCUUGGUCAAACCAAGCUGGUCAAAAUUCACGUUGUGAACGGGAGAUGUGGAUUUGCUCCCGAUGCUCUAACGCAUAGCUCGGUGCCGAAUCUGAUCGAUUUUCAUCGAGUGCGGUCCUUGUCGGUUUAUAAUGAAUCUCUCGAUAUCAGCUUGCGACAUCCGGUGGCCCGACGAAGAGAAUCAUUUUCUGGGUGCAUUUCGCCCCCGUCAACUUCGAGAAUAACGUCCCCAAAGUCUGGCUCGCCGAAGCUUCGUAAAUCCCUCCCGACGCUGGAACACUACAACCUGCCCCAGCCUGUCAACGACGAUCCGCUAUGGGAAAAGAAUGUUGGAUUGGAGAAACUAAGGAUAGCGCAAACAGCACUGGCUCGCGCGCGCAGAUUAUACGACUUGACGCACGAAGAGUUGGCAAGGGCCGAAGAUCUGCACCGAAAGCAAACACAGGCGAUGCUGGAUUCUGAGCGAAAGAUCGAGGUCAUGCGAGAUGUUUGUGACGUCCAAGAAAAUACCGUUUUUUCUGAGAAGGAUAAUCCCAAUUUGCCGGAGGUCAUGCAGAAUAAUCAAGCCGUCCUCAAGCAGUACAUCGAAGCCCUGGAAAAAGAGCGCGAUUAUAUCAAGACCCAGAUGCAUCAAUUAGAUUCAGCUAUGGAAUCGCUUCGAGUGUCUUGCGAAAAGGCCCAGGAACGCCUCCAACAUAAUAACAAGAUGGCCAAUGAAUGCUUUUCUUCCUUGAGAGCUGCUGGUGUACCGGCUAAUGAAUUGGAUGAGACAACCGAGCGCGCCAAAUCGAAAUUUAUUCAGUCUGAAACCGUGAAGGUCAGCCAAAUUCUUGGCGAUCUCCAAUUGACUUGGGGACCAAGUCGAUAUUUGGUGAACGACUGCACAAAGGAAGGGGCCCAUACCCUCAUUACUUCGGCCAAGCAUCGCAUUAUCGAGGCUUCCCGACAAGCAGGCGUCUACCGGCAUCCACCACAAGGCAUUUUCUUAAUCCGCCCUAGCGGAAGCCAACCGGAUAAAUUAGUCCUUUCCGUUCUCAACAAUGAAAAGGUCUCCCAUUGUUUAAUCGAGCAAUCUGAGCAGGGAUGGGGCUUCGAGCACGGAGGGCUUUAUUUUGUGACGCUAGGGGAUUUUGUGCGUUAUUACUCGCACACCUCGCUCGUCGAACAUAACCCGGAAAUCAACACGUGUUUGACCGUACCUGCUCUCUCCUCUGCAUUGACAAAUCGUGCAUCGAUUUCUCACGAAGACAAACACAUCGGAUUGGUGCAAAGCCCCACCUCUGCCGCCACGAACACUUUUGCAAAAAUGAGUAUGGCGGAAGGACCGAGUCUCCAAAAGACUGAGGCCGUCAAU